AUUCAGCAGCUCACUGACGGUCCUAGAGCCAUCACCAUGGGCGAACAUGAACCUAUUGUAUCCCACGGCCGAGGAGGCCAAGGCAACAUCGGCGCCGAUUCCACCGAAUACGUCGACGGCGGCAUAGUCCGCGAAGGAGUCUACGGUGACCAAGGCGAUGGCGCUUAUUCCGCUGGCAGAGGCGGCGCCGGCAACAUCGGCUCCCCACACGUCCGUCCCACAUCGAAGGUCCCGCACGAUGCGGAAAUAGUUCCCGAGUUGGCGAUCCGGCAGUCCAUGGACGGGGAUUAUCAUACUGGGCGCGGCGGCCAAGGCAACGUCCACCUCGACGAAGAGCACAGGAAGGAUAAGCAUCACAAGGCCCCGGCGCAUGAGGGGUUGGCGGAUAAAUUGAAGCAUAAGCUUUUUGGAAGGAAGUAAAACAAACAACUACCUUUUGGUACUUGGUUGCCACGUGGGUUUGUUUAAGGCUGGUGGGGUAAUGCGAGAUAAAUUGAGGGGAUGCUUUCUUAUUUUUAUUUGCUUUUGGUCUUUUGUUGUUGAUGAGAUUCCCUGCUGCUGUUACUGCUGCUGUUGUUCUUAGAAUUAAUAUAUCUAUGUGUUAUGCGUCGAUUUGGGGGGUUCUUUUCCUACUUAUUAGGGUUAGGGGUUGAGGUUAGG